AUGUUUAGCCUAAGCUCUCCCCUAGCUCUCAAGGGGCAGCUAAAGCUCAGCACCGCCACUACCGUCCUCCUAGUUGUGUUCAUCUUCACUCUCUGUGUUACCUCUUGCAAAGCUCGGCACCUACGCGUUAACGUUCAUGGUAAGCACUCAAGCAAGCUGACUUCCUCAUCACCACCCAAGGUAAUUGAUGUGAUAGAGGUUGGUGCCACCAAGGAGAAGAUGAGACCCUCAAUGGCGGUUCGAGCUGGAAGCAACAUCGAUGCGUCAAUGGGAAAGGAAGUGAUGGCUAAGGUGAAGAAGGAAGUGGCAUUAUCAGGUGAUUCUUCUCGUGGUUCUGUGAGAAAGAGAUUCGAAGGAAUUAAGGCGCGGUCAGGCAUGCGAGAGAGGCCGGUGCUAGGAGCUGAGUCGAACAGCGAGCAACUAGGAUCGAACGCGACCACCGCGUACACCGCAGAAACUCUAGUAGCCAUGGACUACCUAGAUGCACACCCAGCACCGGCUGUUCAUAACAGGUAGCAGUGCAUCAACCAGACAAUCGACAACCACAGUUUAA